GCUUCUGUAACAUACUGACAGGAAAUCAACAUGAGUGGACGUGGUAAAACCGGCGGGAAGGCGAGAGCUAAGGCCAAGACUCGUUCAUCCAGGGCUGGACUCCAGUUCCCCGUAGGCCGUGUACACAGGCUGCUCCGCAAGGGCAACUACGGCGAGCGUGUUGGAGCCGGUGCUCCCGUGUACUUGGCUGCCGUGCUGGAGUAUCUCACCGCUGAGAUCCUGGAGUUGGCCGGCAACGCUGCCCGCGACAACAAGAAGACUCGCAUCAUCCCCCGCCAUCUGCAGCUGGCUGUCCGCAACGACGAGGAGCUGAACAAACUGCUCGGCGGAGUGACCAUCGCCCAGGGAGGCGUGCUGCCCAACAUCCAGGCUGUGCUGCUGCCCAAGAAGACCGAGAAGGCCAAAUAAACGCCCUGGUUUACACGACUACAAACGGCUCUUUUAAGAGCCACCCAAA